CAUUACACCAUUACCAUCCCUCUUCUGGCUCCUUCUCCCCCACCCCCUCACCCCCUCAACCCACCUUGGUUUGCCUCAGCUGUGGUUGUUGGACCCAAAAGCCUACAUGGGGAAAUAAAGGGGGGACCGGUGGAACCUUGUUGCGCCCCCCCUCUGGAACUGGAACUGUCUGCGUUCUACUUGAGCUGGGAGAACUGUUUGCGCACGUCUCCAUCCAUGUCUCACCAACGCUGCCCCGUGUCUCCAGAGGGAGCCGCAUUUACCACCACCUCAGCUUUGGGUUACUAAAUGGUUUUCUGGGAGAGGAUCUCUAACCGGCGAGAUGCUGCUUGUACUUCUGCUGGCAGCCUUUUCUUCCUCCAUCUCCGGCUCCCUCUCCUCCUCCCUGUCCUCUCCCUCUGUGUCCGACGGACCCCCGAUGGCCGACCCUGCCUCUUCGGAGCUGAUGGCGGAGACUUGCAGCGCCUGUUCCUGCAUGUCGGUGGAAAACGUGCUGUACGUCAACUGCGAGAAGGUCACAGUCUACCGGCCCACGCAGCUCAUACCACCGGCCUCAUCCUUGUACCACCUCAACUUCCAGAACAAUCUCCUGAACAUACUUUAUCCAAACUCGUUCCUCAACUUCUCGCACGCUGUGUCGCUGCAGCUGGGGAACAAUAACCUCCAGAACAUUGAAGGCGGGGCAUUUAUGGGCAUGAGUGCGUUGAAACAGCUGCACCUGAACAAUAAUGAGUUAAAAGUGCUACGUGCAGACACUUUCCAAGGGGUAGAAAACUUGGAAUACCUCCAGGCUGACUACAACCUGAUAAAAUACAUCGAAAAAGGAGCCUUUAAUAAACUGCAUAAGCUAAAAGUGCUAAUCUUAAAUGAUAAUCUCAUACAGGCUCUCCCUGACAACAUAUUUCGCUUUGCCUCGCUGACACACCUGGACAUAAGGGGGAACAGGAUCCAGAAACUCCCGUAUUUAGGGGUUCUGGAACACAUAGGUCGCAUCGUAGAGCUGCAGCUGGACGACAACCCCUGGAACUGUACCUGUGACUUGGCACCGCUCAAGGCGUGGCUUGAAAACAUGCCCUAUAAUAUUUUUAUCGGCGAGGCUGUAUGUGAAACACCCAGUGACUUGUACGGGAGGCUCUUGAAAGAAACAAACAAACAGGAGCUUUGUCCCAUGGGAACAGGAAGUGAUUUUGAUGUCAGGAUGCCGCCAGUGCCGGGUGAAAAUGGGCACUCUGACAUGUUGACCACCACCACAGCUCCGGUGGCCACAAAAUCACCAAAAACCACUAACUCAUCUAAAAUUUAUGGUAACGGUAUCGUGGCCGGUAUACCCCCUGUUGGAGGAAAUAGCCAAAUCAUUUUCAUGCCGACACGGACCCCACCAUUGUUAUGCCCUCAGCCCUGCAGCUGUAAAGCCCACCCCUCUGACUUUGGUAUAAGCGUCAGCUGUCAGGAGAGGAAUAUUAAAAAUCUGGCUGAUCUCAAGCCCAGACCCCCGAAUGCUAAGAAACUUCACCUGAGUGGGAAUUACAUCCGUGACAUAAGCCCAGGUGAUUUCCAGGGUUUUGAGGGAUUAGAUUUGCUUCAUCUGGGCAGUAAUCAAAUUGUGACAGUCCAGAAAGGUGUAUUUGCAAACCUGACUAACUUGAGGAGGCUUUAUUUGAACGGAAACCAGCUCGAGCAGUUACACCCAGAGAUGUUUUUGGGCCUCGCCAACCUACAGUACCUAUAUCUGGAAUACAAUGCCAUAAAAGAAAUUUUAGCGGGCACGUUCGACUCCAUGCCGAACCUACAACUUCUGUAUCUCAACAACAACGUUCUGCGGAGUCUCCCCGCCUAUGUAUUCGCAGGUGUCUCUUUAGCAAGACUGAACCUGAAAAACAACCACUUCAUGACCCUACCAGUGAGUGGUGUCUUAGACCAGCUGCAGUCAUUGACCCAAAUAGACCUGGAAGGGAACCCAUGGGAGUGUUCCUGUGAUCUGGUCGCCCUCAAACUCUGGCUUGAGAAGCUAAGUGAUGGAGUGGCUGCCAGAGAGGUGAAAUGCGCCUCCCCUGUGCAGUUUUCCAACACUGAAUUGCGGCAGUUGAAAAAUGAGAUCCUAUGUCCUAAGCUUGUUCCUAGGCCGCCGUUUAUUCUCACCAGCGCCACCCCCGUUUUGACCUCGGUGUCACCUGCUGGAGUUGACAAAGCCCCACCAGGAGGACCUGUGCCCCUCUCGAUAAUGAUCCUCAGCAUCCUUGUCGUGCUCAUCCUUACCGUGUUCGUGGCUUUCUGCCUUCUGGUCUUUGUCCUGAGGCGGAAUAAGAAACCGGUGGGCCGGCAGGAAGGGCUGGGGAAUCAAGAGUGCGGCUCCAUGUCACUCCAACUCCGCCGGCACAGCCACAAAUCCGGCAAAAAAGGCUCCAUCCCGGGAGACGACUUGGGAGGUGAAACGUUCAUCCCCCAGACCAUCGAGCACAUCGGCAAGAGCCAUACCUGCGGGAUCGGACGCUCGUCGGACAUGGACGCCGGGUUCAAGUUCGCGGACUCGCAGAGGCAGAAGAUCAUCCUCCGAAACAGCGCAGACAAGGAUAAAGACUCACUUUCGACCCUGGAGCGCAACAAACGCCUCAGCACCAUCGACGAACUAGAGGAGUUCCUUCCCCACAGAGAGCCCAGCAUGUUCAUCCAGAAUUUCCUGGACAGCAAAAGAGAUUUCAACAGUAUAGGGAUGGGAGGGUACGAGAUCCGUUACCCGGAGAAAACUCUGGAUAAAAAGAUGAAGAAGUCGUCGCUCAUAGGAGGGAACCACAGUAAGAUUGUGGUGGAGCAGAGAAAAAGUGAGUAUUACGAGCUAAAAGCCAAGCUCCAAGGAACGCCUGAUUACCUGCAGGUGCUAGAGGAGCAGACUGCACUGAGCAAAAUGUAGGGAUUGUUAUCUUUGAUUUAGUCCAUUGAUUACACACAUACACAACAACGUCCGUCAGACACACACAUAUACACACAUACAUACAUACAUACACAUACAGGCAGACAGAAAGCCAAACACAUCUGCCUUUCUCUGCCCCCCCCCCCCCCCCCCCCUACUCCUCGAGCCACACAGCAAUCCUUCACCCCCUCCAGAUCUCUCGCUUCUUUCUGUCUUUAUCUCUGCAACCACACACAUACAAACACUCCCACACACACAUCACACACACACACACACACAGAUACAGCAAAAAAAAAGUGCCUUCUGGAAAUCCUUAAUGACCAAUGCAGAGAUGGACAAAAUGGCUCCACACUACAAAGCUAUUACUAGAAUCAGCGUGGAUGUAUUUCACAGUAAAAGACCUUUUGGAUUAUCCAUGCCACCACCAAUCCCACACACAUACGACAGGACAGGACAGGACAGGACACCCUAAAAAGCAACCAGACAGUCAUAGUAUUUUUGCUGCUAUUGAAAAAGGGUACUUACCUUCUCUUUGUUUUUUUUUUUUUUGUUUUUUUUUUGUUCCUCCUCCUCUUUCUUUCUGUCUUUCUUUCUUUCUCUCUUUUUCUUUCCUUUCAUUUGAUUUUUUUUUUUUUUUUUUUUUUUACAACCAAAUCAAAGGGUCUUGAAAACUGUGCUUGAGAAUAUACCUCGCCAUCUUCAACCCUGGUUUUAAAACCGAGAGAAAACUUUUUAAUUUUUUUUUUUUUUUUUUUUUUGCUCCAGUUGUAUCCUGAAUCUGCUCAUUAUGGGAUGAGAUCAACACAGCGAGUGACUCAAUGGAUACUACUUUGAUUUUUUAAAUUUUUUUUUCAAAUUUCAUGGGAUAUCAGUUUGUUCUUGGGGAUGCUCUCUGGAGUCGUCUUCAGACUUCUUUUGCCAUCUUGUCUGGAUUAUACAUCCGGAGCAGUACAUCUGCUCUUUGCUGGGAGGUUAUACUUUAAAAAAAAGGAAAAACAAACAAACAAACAAACAAACAAAAAAAAAACCGGCUCCUUUCGGUUUUCUAUUCAAAGGGAAUAAGGCACUGCAAAACUCUUUUUCGUGGGGAAUGAUUUCAUGACUUGUUUUCUUUGUGUAAAGAGCCAUGUUAAAUAUAGUGUCUUCUGAAUGGAGUUGUGUUUCUCUUCAAAUUGCUACUUAACUGUAUGUUUUUGGGUGAAAUAUAACAGCACAUUCACUUGUCAGAGGAUGUUGUUUCUGAAAAAAAAGCAAAAAAAAAAAGGAAAAAAAACAAAAACAAAAAACAAAACAACCCAAGGAAAAAAUUUUACAAAGCUGCUUGCCAUGUAAGCGUAACCUGGAAUUUAUUUUGUAAGUCUUACAUUAUUUGUAUCUGUGGGACUGGUUUGUAAAUUACAAGGAAAAGACCAACAUCCAUACAGACACACAUACACAUAACACUGGAUGGAACAUCAACAGUAAGAGACUUCAACCCAGAUUUACCAAGCGCUAACGGAAUUCAAUCGGUGAUCCAACCCCCCCACCCACCCCACCCACCUCUCUUGUCAGCUCUCAAUUCGUAGUAAAAAAAAGAAAUUAACAACAUAGUUACUUUAUUUUUCUAUACAGGAUUAUUUAAAGAGUUAUCGGUAUUAUUUAAAGAGAAUAAUACGCAAAGAGUGUGAAGGACUUGAUAGAACGAUGCAUCUAAAAUCUUAAUUCAGGCCACCAGAAGUGACUGUUUAGUUUGAUUGGAGGGUUUGUGUUGCUCUCAGUUUACCGGAGAACUCUACCCGCUGGUGUGAACGGCCAACGGAGGGUUGUGAAAUGUGAUCUGUGAUGUUUCCUUUGUUUUCUUUUUUUUUUUCCCCUGUUUUUUUUUUUUUUUUUUUUUUAAUUUAUUUAUUUCAAUUUUUUUUUUUUUUUUUUUUAUUGUGUCGCACGACAAGCCGAGGCCUGAUAAGAGUCUGUGAUGUUUUCGAGCAGUUUUUUUUCCUUAUUCUUAUAUCUCCCACAGUAUCUUGUUAAAGGUUUUCUUAUUAACAUUAUGCAACCAAAAUAAAUGUGCAUUAAACUUGA